CAGUUAUAAGCCUCUCCCGCUUUUUCUCUCCCUCUUCCCCAUUUUUCUUCCAGUUAUCGCAUUCUCGUUAAUUCUACACGCGAUGUUCUAACAUUCUUCUAUGCGUAAAAAAUAAUGGCGUCAAUGCCAAUCUGGAGAUGAUAUAGAAUUGAAAAAAAAGAAAAAAAGAAACGGUUUAUUUUCGUAUAAUUGAUUAUUCAUGGCCACCCUUUCUUAUCAAUUUUAUAUGGGUUUCAUAAUUACAAUUCAUUUGGGAGUUUUCUUAUUUUUGACAUCAUCAGUCGCCGAAGCUGGUGGUGAUUCAUCAGGCGCCGCCUCCGACAAUGCUUCUAGCUCCUGCAGCAACCCCCACAUAAUGGUUAAGGUCAAGAUAUGGGUCAAUGGAGCUGAGAAGGAAGCAGUGGUUGGUUUAAGCGCGGCAUUUGGCUCUAUUUUUCCCACCCACAUUAAAGAAGCCCACAGAUUGCCAGCUACAUUCUCAAAACCCUUAAAUAGCUGUACAGCUUCAUCUUCUAAGUUAUCAGGCUCUUUUGCAUUAGCUCGGCGUGGUGAUUGUGAUUUCAUAACUAAGGCUAAAGUUGCAGAAGCAGGAGGAGCAGCAGGACUAGUGGUGAUAAAUGACAGUGAAGGUCUUCUGGAGAUGAAUUGUGUUGGGAAUGUUACUGAUGUAGACAUUACCAUUCCUGUAGUCAUGAUUUCAAAGUCAGGAGGAGACGAAAUAGACAAAGCCAUGGCUAGUAGGGAGAAAGUGGAACUUUUAUUAUAUUCUCCAGAUCGCCCGAUUGUUGACUUCUCAGUGACAUUCUUGUGGCUGAUGUCUGUUGGGACAGUAGUUUGUGCAUCGCUUUGGUCGGAAUUUACUGGAUCAGAGCAGAGUGAUGAGCCCUACGAUGAACUCUCACCAAAGGUGUCAUCCAAUGCAAUAGCAGCCAAGGAUGAUGAAGAAAUCCUGCAUAUAAGUACAAAAAGUGCUAUAGUUUUUGUCAUAACAGCAUCAACUUUUCUGGUGCUACUUUACCUAUUUAUGUCAUCUUGGUUUGUCUGGCUGCUUAUCGGACUUUUCUGCAUCGGUGGUGUUGAGGGAAUGCAUACUUGCAUAGUAUCUUUGGUGUUGAGCAAAUGCAAAAAUUGUGGACGAAGGACUUUGAAUUUGCCUCUUCUGGGGGAGGUUUCCAUUCUAUCUUUUGUAGUCUUGAUAUUCUGUGUGGUAUUUGCCAUUUUGUGGGCUGCAAAUAGGAAGUCGUCUUUCUCUUGGGUUGGCCAAGACAUUCUUGGUAUUUGUUUGAUGAUAACUGUCUUGCAAUUGGCUCAAUUACCAAACAUUAAGGUUGCUACAGUACUUCUGUGUUGUGCAUUUCUUUACGACAUCUUCUGGGUUUUCCUAUCUCCUUUUAUAUUCCAUGACAGCGUUAUGAUUGAGGUUGCUAAAGGUAGUAAAAGUGGUGGAGAAUCCAUCCCCAUGCUUCUGAGAGUUCCUCGAACUUCUGAUCCUUGGAAUGGUUAUGACAUGAUAGGCUUUGGGGACAUCCUAUUCCCUGGUUUGCUUGUAUCUUUUGCAAAUAGAUUCGACAAAGCAAAUAAGAAGGGGAGACUAAAUGGGUACUUCCUUUGGCUGACAGUUGGCUAUGGUGUUGGUCUAUUUUUCACAUAUCUCGGCCUGUAUCUAAUGAAUGGGCAUGGACAGCCCGCUCUCCUCUAUCUUGUUCCAUGUACGCUAGGACUUUGUGUCAUAUUGGGUUUGGUAAGACAUGAGCUGAAACAACUUUGGAGUUUUGGUGCUGAGUCACCAGAACUCAACCCAACUUCUGGACAGGCUUGACACUCGCCUAGUUACAUUACAUAUGGGUUCAACAGAUGAAGGGGCCAUCAAUUAUAAAUUUGUCUUACAGUGGCAUUCUUCUUAAAGCUUUGUAGGUCAAUUCAGACUGGUAUAACCUUUCAUGGUUCAUAUUUUUGGCUUAUGCAAAGCCUGAAGUUUUGCUACAAAUAUUUGUAGUAUGAUGCAGUUUUGUGCUGAAUUUAACAGUUCAUUUCUACUGAAGUUUUUUUAUUGCUCAUCCUGACCCCCACCGGGUCCAUGGUAACUUGUAAGUGUAUAUAUUUUGUUUGACAUUAUAUAGUUUAUAGUCCACAGGGCUAUUUAGAUCAAGGCAAACGUCGAGACAACAAGAGCAUGUAGACACAACUACAAAUAAAAUAUAAAGUCUUGUUCUCACUAAAUUUAGUCUUUUAUGUUAACAAUAAUUGAUUAUGUGAGCAAUCAAGUAACUGGCUCUAAAAUAUGUUUGCUAGACUCUGAACUUCAAGCAUGUUUGACUAAGUUUAAGUGUAAGCUGCAUUUCUAUUAAGUGAAUUUUGAUUUAUGAAAUGUAUUUGA